AUGUCCUUUAUAGGCACUGGUUCCUUUGGGAACUACGACCACACAGCCCAGUCUUCUGGAGCACCUCUUGGACGCCGACAGACACACGACUUUGAGGAGGAGACUGUCGCCGCCAACCCUGCCGGACCUACUCACCCUGAGCCGAGUUCUUCACAUUCUCACAACGACCAAAUGACGGGAACACGGGCCACUUCCAUGACCGAGGUUGACGAGAACACCACUCGUCCUGUGAAGGAGAAGGACGGCCAGCAUGCCAAUGACGACAGCGACAGCACCACCGAGGACGAUGAGGACCGUAUCGAGGAGAACCGCCGCGCAAGCCAAGUCCUCGCCCUGGCACGAAAGUACACCUCGCAGUCCCAUGCCGCCGUUCCCGAUGGAAAGACUGUCUUCCAGGUCGACGACGACAACUCACCACUCAACCCCAAUGGUCCCAAAUUCAACUCUCGUGCUUGGGCCAAGGCCAUCGUUGAGCAGGUCAAUGGCGAGGGUCACCAGUUCCGCACCACCGGUGUCGCUUUCCAGAACUUGAACGUUUUCGGUUUCGGCUCUGCCACGGAUUACCAGAAGGAUGUUCUCAAUGUCGGUCUCGAAGUCAUCGGCCAGGUCCGCAACCUCAUUGGCAUGAGCCGGCAGCGCCGCAUCGACAUUCUCCGCGACUUCGAUGGUGUUGUGCGCAAGGGUGAGAUGUUGGUUGUUUUGGGUCCUCCUGGUUCCGGCUGCACAACCUUCCUCAAGACCAUUGCCGGCGAGCACGAUGGUAUCUUCAUUGACGACCAGUCUUACUUCAACUAUCAGGGUAUGACCGCCAAGGAAAUCCACUCGCACCACCGUGGUGAGGCCAUCUACUCUGCUGAAGUCGAUACCCAUUUCCCCCAGUUGACAGUGGGUGACACUUUGACCUUCGCGGCUCGCGCCCGCGCUCCUCGUCACAUCCCCGACGGCAUCAACAAGACCAUGUUCUCCAACCAUCUCCGAGAUGUCGUCAUGGCCAUGUUUGGCAUCAGCCACACCGUCAACACUCGUGUUGGUAACGAGUAUAUCCGUGGUGUUUCGGGUGGUGAGAGAAAGCGUGUUUCCAUUGCCGAGGCCGCUCUCUCUGGCGCUCCCCUCCAGUGCUGGGAUAAUAGUACCAGAGGUCUCGACAGUGCCAACGCCAUUGAGUUCGUCAAGACCCUUCGGUUGCAGACUGAGCUUUUCGGAAGCACUGCUUGCGUGUCCAUCUACCAGGCUCCUCAGAGCGCUUAUGACCUCUUCGACAAGGCUGCUGUCUUGUAUGAGGGUCGCCAGAUCUUCUUCGGCCGUGCCGACGAAGCCAAGCAGUACUUCGUCAACCUGGGUUUCGAAUGUCCUGCUCGCCAGACCACUCCCGAUUUCCUGACCUCCAUGACCAGUCCCACGGAGCGUAUUGUUCGCCCCGGCUUUGAGGGCAAGGCUCCUCGCACACCCGACGAGUUUGCCGCUGCUUGGAGGAACAGUGCCGAGUACAAGUCGCUUCAGGCUGAGAUCGAAGAGUACAAGCAGGAGCAUCCCAUCAACGGUCCCGAUGCUGAAGCUUUCCGCGCCUCCAAGAAGGCCCAGCAGGCCAAGGGUCAGCGCGCCAAGUCUCCCUUUACCCUCUCAUACGUGCAGCAGGUUCAGCUGUGCUUGUGGCGAGGAUGGCGACGCUUGAUAGGAGAUCCCAGUAUCACAAUGGGCUCUCUUAUCGGUAACUUCAUCAUGGCUCUCAUCAUCUCCAGUGUCUUCUACAACUUGCAGAAUACCACGGACAGUUUCUACCAGCGUGGCGCUCUUCUUUUCUUCGCCAUUCUCAUGAACGCUUUCUCUUCGGCCCUCGAAAUUCUGACCCUCUACGCUCAACGUCCGAUUGUCGAAAAGCACGCUCGAUAUGCUCUCUACCACCCGUCCGCUGAAGCUGUCGCUUCCAUGUUCGUCGACAUGCCCUACAAGCUCGCCAACUCCAUCACCUUCAACGUUACGCUGUACUUCAUGACGAAUCUGCGCCGAGAACCUGGACCGUUCUUCUUCUUCCUGCUCGUGUCUUUCGUCACCGUUCUCGUCAUGUCGAUGAUCUUCCGUACCAUCGCCAGUUCUUCGCGUACGCUUUCUCAGGCCAUGGUGCCCGCUGCCAUCAUUAUUCUGGCGCUCGUCAUCUUCACCGGUUUUGCUAUUCCCACCAACUACAUGCUUGGCUGGUGCCGCUGGCUCAAUUACAUUGAUCCUAUCGCCUAUGCCUUCGAGGCGUUAAUGCUGAACGAGUUCAUUGGACGCAAGUUUUCUUGCACUGCAUAUGUUCCUAGCCCCCAGAUUCCGUCGUAUGCCAAUGUCGGUAGCUUGAACCGCGUCUGCUCAGCCGUUGGUUCCGUCACUGGCCAGGACUACGUUCUCGGCGAUGACUAUCUCCGUCAGAGCUUCAACUAUGUCAACAGCCACAGGUGGCGCAACUUUGGUAUCAUCCUCGCCUUCACCUGCUUCUUCCUCACCACUUACAUUCUUGCCGCUGAGGCUGUCUCUGCCAAGAAGAGCAAGGGUGAGGUUCUCGUCUUCCGCAGGGGUUACAAGCCCGCCUCCUUCAAGGAGAACAAGGGUGAUUCUGAGUCUGGUGGCGUCGCGGUUGCCGGCAAGGGUCACGUCAGCGAUGGCAACACCUCCGACAAGGAAACCGGUUUCUUGCAGGCCCAGACUAGCGUCUUCCACUGGAACAAUGUCUCUUACCAUGUCCCCAUCAAGAAGGAAAUUCGCCAGAUUCUCAACAACGUUGACGGCUGGGUUAAGCCUGGUACUUUGACUGCUCUCAUGGGUGUCUCCGGUGCUGGCAAGACCACGCUUCUCGACUGUCUCGCUGACCGUAUCAACGUUGGUGUUAUCACUGGUGAGAUGCUGGUUGAUGGCAAGCCCCGCGACACUUCCUUCCAGCGCAAGACCGGUUACGUUCAACAGCAGGAUCUCCAUCUCGAAACCACCACCGUCCGUGAGGCCUUGAACUUCAGUGCCCUCCUCCGCCAGCCCGCCCACGUUCCCCGCGCCGAGAAGCUCGCUUACGUCGAUGAGGUUAUUAAGCUUCUCGACAUGGAAGAGUACGCCGACGCUGUCAUUGGUGUCCCCGGUGAAGGCUUGAACGUCGAGCAAAGGAAGCGUCUUACUAUCGGUGUCGAACUUGCUGCCAAGCCUCCUCUUCUUCUCUUCGUUGACGAGCCUACUUCCGGUCUCGACUCUCAGACUUCGUGGGCUAUUCUGGAUCUCCUCGAGAAGCUGACCAAGAGCGGCCAAGCUAUUCUAUGCACUAUCCAUCAGCCCUCGGCCAUGCUUUUCCAACGCUUCGAUCGUCUCCUGUUCUUGGCUAAGGGUGGUAGAACCGUUUACUUCGGCGACAUCGGCAAGAACUCCAACACCAUGGCUUCCUACUUCGAGCGUCAGAGCGGUGUCAAGUGCCCUGCGGAUGCCAACCCUGCCGAGUGGAUGCUUGAGGUUAUCGGUGCUGCUCCUGGUACUCACUCCGAGAUUGACUGGCACGAGGCUUGGCGCUCCAGCCCCGAGUACGAAGCUGUCCAGGAGGAGUUGCAACGUCUGAAGAACAGCCCCAAGGAUGAGACCGCUUUGGAAAUGGAUGGUGGUAGCUACCGUGAAUUCGCCGCUCCUUUCUUCGCGCAGCUGCGCGAGGUUACCUACCGUGUCUUCCAGCAAUAUUGGCGUACCCCGUCGUACAUCUACUCCAAGGCCGCCCUCUGCAUCUCCGUCGCCAUGUUCAUCGGUUUCGUCUUCUACAACGCCCCUAACACCAUCCAGGGUCUCCAGAACCAAAUGUUCGCCAUCUUCAACCUGCUCACCAUCUUCGGCCAGCUCGUCCAGCAAACCAUGCCUUACUUCGUCGUCCAGCGUUCGCUCUACGAGGUCCGUGAGCGCCCGUCCAAGGUCUACGGCUGGAAGGUCUUCAUGCUCUCUCAGAUCAUCGUCGAGCUUCCCUGGAACGCGCUCAUGGGUGCCAUCAUGUACUUCUGCUGGUACUACCCCGUCGGCCUUUACCGCAACGCCCAGCCUAUGGACCAAGUUACCGAGCGUGGCGGUCUGAUGUUCCUGCUCCUCCUCGCUUUCAUGUGGUUCACCUCGACCUUUACCGACUUCAUGAUUGCCGGUUUUGAGACCGCCGAGGCCGGUGGUAACAUUGCCAACUUGCUCUUCUCGCUCUGCUUGAUCUUCUGCGUCAGCGCCAUGUUGUCGGUCGGUGUGGCCAACACGGACGUGCAUUGCUCGGAUGUCGAGUUUCUCAAGUUCGAGCCCCUCAAUGGCACUUGCGCCGAGUACAUGGCCGACUACAUAACCACCGUCACGCAGACCAGCGGCUCCGGUGGUUACCUCUCCAACCCGGAUGCCACGGACAUGUGCAGCUACUGCCCCCUUGACAAAACCAACAUGUUCCUUGCUAGCGUGUCCUCCGACUAUGCCGAAAGGUGGCGCAACUUUGGCAUCCUCUUCGCCUACAUCGCCUUCAACAUUCUCGCCGCCCUUGCCGUCUACUGGCUCGUCCGCGUGCCCAAGAAGAACGGUAUCUUUGGCUUCCUCAAGAAGAAGGAGAAGAAGGAGUAG